AUGGAGAAGGUGUCAAGCAAGUCGAGUGAUGUGUCGAUGCUCGGGUCGAAACAAGCCGGAACUAGUGUGAAUGACCUCAACACCGAGGAAUUGGUGGAGCUCCCUAGAUCCUUCAAAGAGAAAUGCCGACUUAGCCGCAUAACAAAGGAUUCCAAAAAGGACGGAGGUUAUGUGGGGGUGCUUGGAGCUAGUUGGUUUGGCGAAGUUGGCGUGGUUUGGUUUUCCAAUGUAGUUGGAGGUGGGUCCGGUGGAGUGAUAUUAGGUGUUGGUGGUGGUGUUUCGAUUUGA